AUGUUUUUUCAGAUAUUUGUGGCUUUCAGCCCUUGGAAUUGGUUGCUAUUGCUGGUGGCACUCAAAUAUUCUGAUGCAUCUUCUGAUUUGAAUUUCGCAAAUUCCACUGCCCAACAGUGGAACGGCAACUCUAAUGCUCGAUUUGCUGCUGCCAGCACAGAGCCAGGUGAAAGGAUAUCUGUUUUUUCAUUGGAUUAUGACUAUGUGCAAAUUCCUUAUGAAGUUACCCUCUGGAUACUUCUAGCAUCCCUUGCAAAAAUAGGUUUCCAUCUGUACCACAAACUGCCAGGCCUCAUGCCAGAAAGCUGCCUCCUCAUUAUUGUCGGGGUCCUGGUGGGCAGCAUCAUCUUUGGCACUGACCACAAAUCACCUCCAGUCAUGGAUUCGAGUAUCUACUUCCUGUAUCUCCUUCCACCCAUUAUCCUAGAGGGUGGUUACUUCAUGCCCACCCGGCCCUUCUUUGAGAAUUUUGGCUCCAUCCUGUGGUGGGCUGGACUGGGGGCCCUGAUCAACGCUUUUGGCAUUGGCUUCUCCCUCUACCUCAUCUGCCAGAUCAAGGCCUUUGGCCUCAGUGAUGUUAACCUGCUGCAGAACCUGCUGUUUGGCAGCCUGAUCUCAGCUGUGGACCCUGUGGCUGUGUUGGCUGUGUUCGAGGAGGCGCGUGUGAAUGAGCCACUCUACAUGAUGAUCUUCGGGGAGGCCCUUCUCAAUGAUGGAAUUAGUGUGGUCUUAUACAAUAUAUUAAUUGCUUUCACAAAGAUGCACAAAUUUGAAGACAUAGAACCUGUUGACAUUUUGGCUGGAUGUGCCAGGUUCAUUAUUGUGGGACUUGGGGGAGUAUUUUUUGGCAUCAUUUUUGGAUUCAUUUCUGCUUUUAUCACACGCUUCACUCAGAAUAUAUCUGCAAUUGAACCACUCAUCGUCUUCAUGUUCAGUUAUUUGUCCUACUUGGUUGCUGAAACUCUCUACCUCUCUGGCAUCCUGGCAAUCACGGCCUGUGCAGUGACAAUGAAAAAAUACGUGGAAGAAAAUGUGUCCCAGACAUCGUACACGACCAUCAAGUAUUUCAUGAAGAUGCUGAGCAGUGUCAGCGAGACCCUGAUCUUCAUCUUCAUGGGCGUGUCCACCGUUGGAAAGAACCAUGAAUGGAACUGGGCCUUUGUCUGUUUCACCCUGGUUUUCUGCCAGAUUUGGAGAGCCAUUAGCGUAUUCACUCUCUUCUAUGUCAGCAACCAGUUUCGGACUUUCCCCUUCUCCAUUAAGGACCAGUGCAUAAUUUUCUACAGUGGUGUUCGAGGAGCUGGAAGUUUUUCACUUGCAUUUUUGCUUCCCCUGUCUCUUUAUCCUAGGAAGAAAAUGUUUGUCACUGCUACCCUAGUAGUUAUAUAUUUUACAGUGUUUAUUCAGGGAAUCACAAUUGGUCCUCUUGUCAGGUACUUGGAUGUUAAAAAGACCAAUAAAAAAGAAUCUAUCAAUGAAGAGCUUCAUAUCCGUCUGAUGGAUCAUUUGAAAGCUGGAAUUGAAGAUGUGUGUGGGCAAUGGAGCCAUUACCAAGUGAGAGAUAAGUUUAAGAAGUUUGAUCAUAGAUACUUACGGAAAAUCCUAAUCCGAAGCAACCAGCCAAAAUCAAGUAUUGUUUCUUUGUACAAGAAGCUGGAAAUGAAACAAGCCGUUGAGAUGGUAGAGAUGGGGAUACUGAGUUCCACAGCUUUCCUGACCCCCCACCAGGCCCAGAGGAUACAAGGAACUAAGAGGCUUUCCCCUGAAGAUGUGGAGUCCAUGAGGGAAAUUCUGACACACAACAUGUACCAAGUUCGACAAAGGACCUUGUCCUACAACAAAUACAGCCUCAAACUCCAAUCAAGUGAGAAGCAGGCAAAAGAGAUUCUGAUCCGCCGCCAGAACACCUUAAGGGAGAGCAUGAGGAAAGGCCACAGCCUACCAUGGGGAAAACCGGCUGGCACCAAAAACAUCCGCUACCUCUCCUUUCCUUACAGCAAUCCUCAGUCAGCAAGAAGAGACGUGAGGUUUGGUGAAUUCACAGGUGAUGGCAGCAGUGAGUCAGGAUCCCCUUCCACCAUGUUCAAUACACACUCUCGAACAGGGUCGCUUCAAGAAAGAUGGCUAACACAAGAAACAAUUCCAAUGAAGAGCUUACACAAAGGAGGGAAGCCAUUCAACUUUGGCUACCAAAGAAGUCCAAGCCAAGAAGAGCAUACUGGCAGAGUCCGAAGGGCAGCUUUAAGGCCUAAACCACUCUUUCAUGCAGUAAAUGAGGAAUAUGAAUCUGGAGAGGAAAGUGAGGAAGAGGUUUCACCAGUUGGAUCCAGAUGGACAACAGAGCACAGAAAUGUCAAGGAACACCACAAAUCCCACAGUCCUUUGCUCCAAAGAAAAUAG